UUCCUCAAUAAAACGUGUGCGAAUAUCGUGUGCGAACAUCGAGGGAUAGCAAUGAGUUCUUUCCACGCUGCUUUAUUCUUGACUCUGGAUAUUGCUGUUAUUUGUGUGCUCUUGUGUAAAAGGUACUGGAUGUCGAACACUCUCGAUUACGCACAUCCUCAAAGACAAAGCUUUGACCAAUCACACCAUCCGUAUCAUCCAACCAAUCACAGACGUUAGAAUGUGUAGGAUACAGUGUUAUUUGGAGCCUGCGUGUUGGACGUUUAACUUUUGUGAGAAACAAGGCAACUUUGUGUGCGAACUGACAAAUUCUGACCACAUCCGGCAUGACUUGAUAGAGAAAGCAGGCUGUACCUAUCAUGGCUCAGAGAACCACUGUUCAAGUAAUCCUUGCCCAAAAAAUGCCACUUGCCAAGGAGAAUUUCUCUCAGAUCCUGUGCCUUAUAAAUGCAUCUGUCCUGCUGGAUAUGGAGGAGAUAACUGCUUUCAAGAUAUCAAUGAAUGUAAUGACGGCACUCACACUUGUCACUCGGACGCCACGUGCAACAACACGAUUGGUGGGUUUAACUGUACUUGCAAAAGUGGAUUCAAUGGAAACGGCAAGCACUGUGAAGAUAUUGACGAGUGUGAAUCAGGGAAACAUAACUGUCACGUGAACGCCACGUGCACUAAUUCUCUUGGUGGCUUCAACUGCUCCUGCAAACAAGGUCAUUUUGGUAAUGGUACCCACUGUUACCCAGAUUUCGGGAGGAGAGUGAUCUUUGAUUUUGAGGAUGGCAAGAAGACCGGCUGGUCACUCACGGGAACGGCCUUUAAUAACCAACCAACAUAUAAAGAUAAUUCAAAAGCUAGAGGAAAACCAUCUAACCUUCAAGGAAACUGGUGGAUAGGAUCAUAUGAAAACGGACCCAGUCCUUCUCAUACUUACGGAAGUACACAAGGAGAUGGACCGAGAGGAACGAUGACGUCACCACCUUUUGUCGUCCAUGGUUCCCAACUGAAGUUUAGGAUUGGAGGAGGAUGUACUAUGCAACAACAACGUGCUGAGCUUUUGAUUGGAGGAACCGUUGUUGCUCAAACAAAAGGACCCUGCAGUGAAUACAUGGUUACAAAGUCCUGGAGUAUCGAACAAUUCCGAGGACAGACAGCUCGAGUUCGAUUGGUGGAUAAUCACAAUGGUGGGUGGGGUCACAUCAACUUUGAUUAUCUUGAAGAAUACCAAUGAUUUGUCGAAAACGUACAGCAGACGGAAACGUAGAUCGCCGUAGACUUGCUCUAACUCUCGUGCAUUAAUUUUUUUAUUCUAAUUUUCCAAUGGAAAAAAAAUAACGAGAAAGACUUGGAGCAAGCCUAAGAUCACCGUACCUUGGAUUCCAGAGGGGCUUGUCUUUUUUAGGAGCGAAUGGCGAGAGAACGAGUUCGCUUCUCGAAAACAAGAAACCUUAAGGCACCCAGGGUAAGAACACCAAGAAAAAGAUGCCAAGCUCUGCUUGCAGGGUAAAAAUUAAGCUUCCUGUCCUCUUAGCGAUUGUCUACGAGACAGACUUCGGUAAUCGGCUGACUGCUGAUUGGUUGUUUGAGUACUUUUUGGGCUUCCUGUGGUGUUACACUCUUACUCACGGACACACAACCGAUGGCAUAGUGGCUUCGCCUCUUCGAGGCAGUAGCCACAAAAACCCAUGGAAACGAAGAAAUUCGAGCUUAGGAUAUGAGUGAGCUAAUCAUUGCUUCCGCUUGAACGAAUUCACCUUAUGCCCGACAAAGGUGAAUAGUAACGUGCACUGACCAAUUAAGAUUAGUGAACUAGUUGUUGCAAUAUGCAAGCGGAAUGCUGCGAGUGCCAUACAAUGAUGUAAGGGAUGUAUACCAAUGUUAAUAAGAUAUAAGUUACAUACAACAAAAUAUCCAACACCGUCUAGAUAUAAGUAAGAAGGACGAACGUAGGGCAUUACUUAUGUGUGAGCUCCUGUAAACUUAUAUGAAUCUGCUCCUGUAGAUGUUUUGAGGUAUUAUGGUGUAACAGGGUCCCCUAUACCCCCUCGCAAAAUGCAUUCACGUAAAUUUAUUUGGCCAAUUUCAGCCUCACGUAAAAUUCUGAAAUCGCAUCCCCAUUCACGCAAAAA